AUGCAUUGGCGAACGUGGACAACUCUCGCCUCUGCACUCUGGUCCACAGCAGUGACGGCAUUGCCCAGCUCCGAGACACCUGAUGGUAGCAGCAGCAGCUUUAACACACCUUACAUCGACCCGACGCUCAAAGACCCACUGUGGCUGAAAUACGGGCUUAAUGCUUCCGCCGAAUACAAAUACUUCCAUGAACCGGGCCGUGACGAUAUCCUCGGCCACUAUGACAUCCGAUUCUUCACUACGCCCGUGAGCGACGCGGAGCGCGCAGAGACCUUGACACACAUGAUUCGCGCAUAUUUGAACUUUUUCGACGAGAAUGACCUGGAAACCUGGAUUGCGCAUGGGACAUUGUUAGGUUGGUGGUGGAACGGGAAGAUUCUCCCUUGGGAUUGGGAUAUGGAUACGCAAGUCCCCGAUACGACGCUCGCCUACCUCGCCGACCACUAUAAUCAAACUAUCGUCGAAUAUGUGAUCCCCGGCGGCAAGGAGAAACGCGAUUAUUUGCUGGAUAUCAACCCGUGGUCGCGGCAGCGUGAACGUGGACAGGGCCAUAAUAUUAUCGAUGCGCGAUUUAUCGAUGUCACGACGGGCCUGUAUAUCGAUAUCACGGGGCUGAGUAGGCUCGAGUUGGAUGAUCAUCCUGAUAUUUGGCAGUGCAAGAACUUUCACAAGUACCGGCUGAAGGACAUUUAUCCUUUGCGCCGGACGACAUUUGAGGGUGCCCCAGCCAAGGUGCCUUUUCAAUAUGAUGCGCUGUUGAUGGAGGAGUAUACGGAGGAUGCUUUGACCACGACCAAUUUCCAUAAUCACACUUGGUUCCCGUCUUUGGCGGAGUGGAUCUCAGACGAGACCGUCGCGGUCCUGACUCUUCCUGAAGAUGGAGAGUAUGAAUGA